CAUUGACAACCACGACAACCAGCGAGGCCAUGGUGCCGGAGGAGACAUGAUCCUUACCUUCCGUGUCUCUAAGUGGUACAAGAUGGCUACUGCAUACAUGCUGGCUUGGCCUUACGGCUACACUCGCGUGAUGUCGUCGUACUACUGGGACCAAUGGUGGGAGAAUGGCCAGGAUAAGAACGACUGGAUCGGACCUCCUCACGACGGCAGCUUCAACAUCAUCAGCCCGAGCUUCAACGCCGACGGCAGCUGCGGGAACGGCUGGAUCUGCGAGCACCGCUGGAGGCAGAUCUACAACAUGGUGGAGUUCCGGAAUGUUGCCCAUGGGACGGACAUGAACGACUGGUGGGACAACGGCAGCAACCAGAUCGCCUUCUGCAGAGGCAACAAGGGCUUCCUGGCCAUCAACAACGACGGAUGGGAUCUGAAGGAGACGCUGCAGACUUGCCUUCCUGCGGGUACGUACUGCGACGUCAUCUCCGGGUCGAAGGACGGAGGCUCCUGCACGGGCAAGAGCGUGACUGUGGGCGGCGACGGAAAGGCCUACAUCGAGAUCACGACCAUGGAAGACGACGGCGUGCUUGCUAUCCAUGCCAACUCGAAACUGUAAGGUGUCGGACGCCACAGAAAAUAUGUCAUCAUCUGAGUCAUUACAUCGUCAUUAAAUAAAAAAAAGCAUUUUA